AUGUCGGGCGACUUGAACUCAUACAUUGCGUCGCGCUAUCUUGUUGCGGAAACGAAGCCGUCGAAGAAGCGGAAGAGAAAGCAGAGAGGACUUGCGGGCGACGGCCUCUUGAUCACAGAUGAUGACGAAUCCGGCUGGACGAAAGGGAGGGGCGGAGGCGAUGGGGACGACGACGGGAUGGGGGGCCUGGGUCCAGGUGCAGCGACAGUAGCGGGCACGUCAGUCGAGUUUCGCAAGACGAAGAAGAACAACUGGAAGUCGUUAGGGGGCGACAGUGGCUCGAUGACGACGAAGACGACGACGACGACAGCGAAAGAGAGUCAUGGUCGAAGAGCGGGCAGCGACGAAGAGGCAGCGGCAGCAGCAGCGGCAGACGCGAUCAUAUCGGCAGCAGCAGCGGACACAGAGGCAGCGCUGGCCGCAGAGGACGAGGCGCCGGUGAUGAUGAGCGACGGGACGCACGCGGGCCUGCAGUCAGCGGCGACGGUGACGGCGCAGCUGGAGCGACGACGGCGCGAGGAGCGAGAGCAGUACGAGGCAGAGCGGCGGGAGCGACGGGCACGACGACGAGAGAAGCGGGCGGCCAGCGGCAAAGAAGACGACGACCGGUCCGAAGGCGAAGAAGAGGUGGUGUAUCGCGACGCGACCGGCCGACGGGUCGACGUCGCGAUGCGGCGACAGCAGGUGCGGCAGGCGGUACAGGCGGCCGAGCAGAAGGAGCGAGCAGCCAAGGACGCGCUUCGAGGCGACGUGCAGCGCGAGGAGGCACGACAACGCCGCGAGAUGCUCGAAGAGGCCGCCCUGAUGCCGGUAGCACGCGGCGUCGACGACGAGGAGAUGAACCGCGAGCUCAAGAGCCAGAUGCGCUGGAACGACCCGAUGGCGCAGUUUCUGCAGCGAGAGGAGCCGACGGCGGCAGCAGCGGCCAUCUCUGCGACAAGAGGAGCAGCUGGCGAAUCGUCUCGGAACAGGUCCAAUCGGCCGGUCUACAAGGGCCCGGCAACACCAAAUCGCUACGGCAUCCGGCCAGGCUAUCGGUGGGAUGGAGUCGACCGCGGCAACGGGUUCGAGGCAGAGCGGUUCAAGGCAAUCAACCGACGCGAACGGAACAAGGGAUUGGAAUAUGCCUGGCAGAUGGACGCGUGA